GAGGUUCUUGGUCCAGCUGAUCCUGUAGUUGCUGUAGCUGGUGAAGAUGUAGUUCUGCCCUGUUACCUCAAACCCAACAUCAGUGCUGUUGACCUGCGUAUCGAGUGGCUCAGAGUUCAUAGCGAAGACCCACUUGUACAUCUUUACCGGGAUCAUGAGGACAGAAAUGAGAAUCAAGUUCUGUCCUACAAGGGAAGGACAUCACUUUUCCCUGAAGAACUGAAGAACGGAAACAUUUCAUUGAAAGUGAAAAAUGUGCGAGGAUCUGACAAUGGAGAGUAUAAAUGUUUUGUCCAGUCAGAGGAUUUGUAUGAUGAUUCUUCCAUUAAUGUUCAAAUUAAAGCUGUAGGAACCCAUCCAAUGAUCUCCAAUGAGGGAUAUAAAGAAGGAGGGAUCAGUCUGGUGUGUGAAUCUAAAGGCUGGUACCCUCAGCCUCAAGUGGUCUGGAUGGACAGUGAAGGACACAGUCUCCCUGCUGGACACACAGAGACACACAGAGACAGUAUGGACCUCUUCAUUCUGAAGGCACAAAGAUACGCAGUUGAUGUGACUCUGGACCCUGAUACAGCACAUCCUAAACUCAUCCUGUCUGAGGACAGGAAACAAGUGAGAUAUGGAGACACAUGGCAGAAUCUCCCUUACAAGAAAGAGAGGUUUAACUGUGCUAUUUGUGUCCUGGGAAAAGAGGGGUUUUCUUCAGGGAGACAUUACUGGGAGGUGCAGGUUAGGCACAAAACUGACUGGGAUUUAGGAGUGGUCAGAGAGUCUAUAGACAGGAAGGGAGAUAUUAAACUGAGUCCCAAUAAUGGUUACUGGACUAUCUGUCUGAGGAAUGGAAAUGAGUAUACGGCUCCCGCUGACUCCCCUGUGCCCCUUCCCCUGAGUGUGAAGCCCCAGAAGUUGGGGGUGUAUGUGGACUAUGAGCAGGGUCAGGUCUCCUUUUACAAUGUGGAGACCAGAUUUAAUAUCUGCAAUUUCACUGGAUAUAAAUUCACUGAGAAACUCUAUCCGUACUUCAGUCCAUUUCUGAACAAUAACGGUACAAACUCCGCCCCACUGAUCAUAUCUCCUGUCAUUUACACAGACUGA